CGUGGGUGUCGUCGCUCCCCCUGCCCCCCUUUGCCCACCGCACCCCCACACGCCUGGGUCCCCCCGUCCCACCAGGGGUCCGUCCGUCUGCCCUGGGUCCCCCCGGGGUCUGCCCCGGGGUCGGGGUGUCAGGCUGGAGUCACUCAAGCGCUGGAAUGGGGAGGGGGUGGUCUGGUGCGAGAAGGGGGUGCAGGUGCUGCUCACCAUGGUGGGCGCCUUCGCCGCCUUUGGCCUCAUGACCAUCGCCAUCGGCACGGACUACUGGCUCUACGCACGCGCCUUCAUCUGCAACACCAGCAAUGUCUCCGGCGAGGACGCCACGCACCGUGACCGGCGUGACCCUGGUGGGCUCACCCACUCAGGGCUCUGGCGCAUCUGCUGCCUCGAAGGCCUGAAGCGGGGGCUGUGCCUGAAGAUCAACCACUUCCCUGAGGACAUGGAGUACGACCACGACAGUGCCGAGUACCUGCUCCGGGUGGUCCGGGCCUCCAGCAUCUUCCCAAUCCUGAGCGCCGUCCUGCUGCUGCUGGGGGGGGUCUGUGUUGCUGCCAGCCGCCUGCGCCGCGCCCGCACCAGCCUCGUCCUGGGGGCCGGCAUCCUCUUCGUCGCUGCCGGUCAGUGUGCCCUCAGCAACAUCAUUGGGGUGAUUGUCUACAUCUCGGCCAACGCGGGGGACCCGGGGACGAAGCGGGACGAGGACAAGAAGAGCCACUACUCCUACGGCUGGUCCUUCUACUUCGGGGGGCUCUCCUUCAUCCUGGCCGAGGCCAUUGGGGUCCUGGCUGUCAACCUCUACAUUGAGCGCCAUCGCAAAGCCCGGGGGGGGUCCUGCGGGGGGGCCGGGACCACCCCACCUCCCCCCGCCCCCCCCGCGUCCCCCCCGGUCCCCGCCCCCGCCCCCCGCCGCCGUUCCCGCUCCAGUUCUCGGUCCAGCGAACCAGGGCGCUCACGGGAUGCUUCCCCUCCCCCCCCGCCCGCCCCUCCCUCCCCCCGGGAAAUCCGGGGGGGGCGCCCCCCCAGCUGAUAUCUCUAUGUAUACCCUCUCCCGGGAGGGACCCCCUGGGCCGCCGCCCCCUGGCACCCCUGGACCCCCCCUUUUUGCAGUUACAUAAUGCCUUUGGGAAGGACCCCCCCGGGGGCCCCCCCGACAGCGCCUCGGGGACCAGCACCCUCAACCGCAAGACCACCCCCGUCUAGUGGCACCCCAGGGAUCCCCCCGGAGCUCCUGGGACCCCCCUGGGGAGCAGCACCCUCAAUCACAAGACCACUCCGACCUAGGGGCACCCCCAGGGCCCCCCCAGAAUCCCUGUGGGACCCCCCAGGGACCAGCACCCUCAAUCACAAGACCACCCUGACCUAGGGGCACCCCUGGGAGCCCCCCCAGGAACCCCCUGGGACCUCCAGAAACCACUGGGCACGCCCCUAAGGAACCCCCCUGCUGCCCCAGCUCCUGCGCUCUUCAGCCUCAUCUUCCUUCUGCCCUGCUCUUCCUCACCUUCCUCCUUCCCUCAUCAUCUUCCUCCUCAUCUUCCUCAUCCUCACCUUCAUCCCUGCAUUCCUCAUCCUCCUGCUGUUCUCAUCUUCCUCCUCCUUUCUGCUCAACCUCUUCCUGCCUUCUUCAUCCUUGUCCUCCUCACCUUCCUUUUGAUCUCUUCAUCUUCCUCCAGCGCCCCUCGUCCUCGUUAUCUUCCUCCUCUCCUCCUCAUCCCCCUUCCAGCCCUCCCCGCAGGCGGCAAGGGCUGUGCCCCCCCCGGGCAGGGUCCCUCCAUGUUCCAGGGGGAAAAUCUGGGGGACACUGAAGUCCCCAUGGGGGAUGGGGCAAUUUGGGGGUGUCCCCACCCACCAGUCCAAGGGCUACACUCUGUGCCAGCUCCACGCCCCCCCCCCAAAUUGCUCUUGGGGGGGCCCCCUGAUGCUGCCACCUUUUGGGGGGGUCCCUGAAGCCACCAUCUCUUUUGGGGGUCCCUUGGAACUGCUGUCUCUUGGGGAGACCUCUGAUACCACCGUUUAUUGGGGGGGUCCCCAAAAACCAUCAUCUCUUGAGGGAUCUCCCAAAACUGCUGUCACUCCCACCCCUCCUGUCUGGGGGGCGUCCCCAGGGACAGCUCCCCCAUGCAGUCCCGGGGGGGUCCCUGUGCCUUAGGGAGGCUGGGAGGGAUCCAUGCUGGGGGGGGGCCGUGGGACCCCCGACAUCCCCCCCCAGCCAUCCCUGAGCAGUAUGGACCAGUAUUGCCCAGUUCCCUUGGCAGCCUUGGACCAGUAAUGUCCAGUCCUGUGGGUUCUGUUAGACCAGUAUGUCCCAGUUCCCAGGGCAGCAUCAGACCAGUAUGUCCCAGUUCCCUGGGCAGUUUUGGACCAGUAUAACCCAGUUCCCUGGGCAGUAUCAGACCAGUACAGCCUAGUUUGCUCAACAGUAUUGGACCAGUACAGCCCAGUUCCCUGAGCAGUAUCAUACCAGUAUGGCCCAGUUCCCUGGGCAGCAUCAGCCCAGUCUCCAGACAGUGCUGUGCCAGUAGCUCCCAGUUCACACCAGUAUCUCCCAGUGCUAUGGGCCAUCUGCAGAGCCAGGCUCUCCCAUGCAGUGUCAGCCCAGUUGCUUCCAGUUCCCCCCCAGUUGCUCCCAGUUCCCCCCUCAUUACUCCCAGUGCCCCCACCCAGCCCCAUUAACGAAUGUCGGCUAAUUGAGGGGGGGGCUGGGAUCGUUGGGAGCCCCCCCCCCCGAACGUGCAGCAUCGGGUGCCCCGCCCCCUGUACAGCCCCGCCCCCUGUA